AACAAACAGUAGAAGAAGAAAAAGGGGGGCUAGCAACGGUCCUCAGCAACUUAGACGUUAGAGCCGUUAACCUCCAGUGUGUUUUUAUCUCUGAGCUCGACAACGUUUCAGUGAGUGUUCAGACACUAAACUUGAGUAACAAUGAGUCAGAGUCGUGGUUACACCGCGUCUGGCUCUCCUCAAAGGUUACACACCGAGGACGAGACCCUGGCCAUAGAGCACGCCAUCAGGGCGGCUGUAAACACGGUGAUGGACGUGAUCUACAGCGCCUGUAACCGCAGAGUGCAGGAGUACCAGCGGAUGGUGGCCGACAGGGACGCGGAGAUAAGGAGGCUGGAGUGCAAGUUGGAGAAACGUGAGAGUGAGCUGCAGGUGUUGCGGCUGGAGGUCGGCGGGAGGCAGCCUGCUGAGGGUGAGCUCACCUGUCCGGCCACGUCUCAUGAUGACAGGGAAAGAAGCGCAGGUGAAGCUGUGAAAAGUUCCAGUAACGAGCACUGUGCUGUAGGUGCGGAACCACCCACACAAGUUUCCCCCAAGUGCCAUGACACCACCGAGGCCUUCCCCCACCAACAUGCCCAGCCUGAGAAUCAUUCUUGGGAGGAGGGUGAAGGGGCAGCUGGAGCCUUCGGGUGCCUCACCCCCCUGGUGAAAGAGGAGCCUUCUGACAUGGAGACGGUCAUCAAAUGGGAAGUGUGUGAGGGGAUUUUGCUGGACCAGCCGCAGGGUCAACGAGGAGCUGAAUAUCAGCACAAAGAAAAACCUGCAAGGAAAGACACGCAGGCUGAGGUUGAGGGAAAACCUGCUAAUCCCCAGGUGAGCAAGUUGAUGGCAACAGAGCAUGAAGAUGAGCGUGCUGACCAUCUAAAAAGGAAAGGGAGAGAAAAAAACGGAUGCCACCUGCCCGAGAGCGAAGAAGAGGAGGCUUUGGUGAAGAGAGCUUGUGUGACCCGGCCCUUUGCACCUAAAAUAACUGCUCCAAAAGACACUGUGGCAGUUACUGGCUCACCACAGCCACAGAGGCAGAGCUUAAAUGGCUCCCUGACUUCCAGUUUAAAUGCACAGGAACCCCAGGCGUGUCAGCAGCAGACGUACAUCACCAUGUCAGCUCCACAACCCACGUGUGACCCAAUUCUCCUAGAGGUCCUCGUUUCACUUGAGACAAUCAAACAACAGAACACGACUGUUCUUCAAAUACUGCAGUCAGGAAACUCAUCUGGAGUGCCGCUCUAUGAACCUCCAGAUGUCGGGUCGCUCCCCCUUCCGCUUCAGUCGGUGCAGGACUUGAGAAGUUUGGAGCAGAGGCUCUGCACUGAGCCAGAGCUGAAGAAAAAAAUGAUCUCAUACCUGGGUCUUUCUGGAGGCAUGACGACCAAAGAGAGUGUCUGGAGGAUAAUGGCCAAGCUUUUUACAAACACUUUGGCCACAAACAUAAACUGGAGGGGAAGGAAUAACAAGCAGAAGAUCGAGAACCUCACCAUCAAGAAAGUUAUCCUCAAUGCAGUCAGGCAGAAUUCAUUCUGCAAGGAUGCCAUGGAUGAGGAGAUAGAGAGAUAUAUGAAGCGCUGGCUGCAGCUGGCAGGAGACCGAGACGGAGGGAGGAAAAGAAGGGAGAAGUGCAAGGAAGCACACAGCAUGCAGGAUUACUGUGUGGAUGACAUGUUUACUCACGUGAUGGAGUAGAACAUUGUUCAUCUGAAACACAUAGUGUAUAUAUCAUGCAAACAAGCAUGGUUAUUAUGAUGAAGACACAGUGGGUCCCUGCAAAAAAAGGCACUAAUCUCUUCAAUGAAUGUCCUCUUGACUGAAUUUAUAUCUAUUAUAAUAUAUAUAUAUAUAUAUUAUAUAACUUUCAAGUGAUCUAUAAUAAUGAUAAAACUGCAACACACGAAAAACCAACAAAACAGGGCUGCAGCCAUAAGAAGCAUGCAUGCAUGCUAGAGAUGGGACAAGGGACUGUAUCGUGGAUCAUGAACAUCCUCACAUUAAUGAACUGAAAAAGAUAUCUAACUCACUGACGUACAAUCCCACACUGGUUAUCUGAUUUAUUAUAAAUCGCCUAAGCCUGGUACAAAGGCUGACGUAAACGACAGGGAGAUGAGUUUACCACAAUUUGAUCAGUCUUUAUCUGUGCAGGAUGACCUUAUGAGUCACGAUUACGUAUUUAAGUCACUAAAAAACAUGUUUGUCCUGUCUGUGUUGCAAUACAUAUAUAAGUUUCCUAACAAAAUGUAAGGUCCAGUAUGUUUUAGUGCAAUUUUGAUUUCUUUUGCUACGAAUUUUCAAAUGAUUAUCUGGAAAAUAUCACAAUAUCACAUUUUCAUAUCAUCCCGUGCCUAAUGCAGACACACACAGCUCUACAUUCACUCUUCCUUUUUAUCAAUCAAAGUGAGGAAGGAACUGAUAGACACAAGCAAAACACAAAAAUUUUCAGUUCCUUUUGCACUUUUACUGUUACUGUUGUCAUUGCUAGCUCUUACACCUAAAUUAUGUAUCUUAUCUUGAUGUUAGUUUUCAUGUUAUUAUUAUUAUUAUUAUAUUUAUUUUUACACCAGAGAACGUGUUUAUUGUACUCACUGUUAAAGGGCCUUACAAUGAACAUUGUUAAAGUGUUAUUGAAGGAAAUGUCAUUUAGUGUUAAAUAGUCUCUUAUUAUAAAGUAUUAUUCUCUCCCAGGUAAUGCUUUGCAUUUACUGUUGAAUUGGUGAUAUCAGUACAGUCACAAUAAGCACAAUCACUCUUUUGUAAUGCAUUUUUAUCCAUUGCUGCCUUUGUAUAUAUUGAAAAAUGUCAGUUUAUCAGUGAUCUUGACGAAGAUGUGUGAGAAGUUGUGGCAUUUGAGUUUAAUCUGCAGAUGAAAACCAUUUUCUUUUAAGCAGUUGUGGUUUAGCCUCAUUUCUCGUCUGAUUCAUUGACGUGUUUGAUAUUAUCUCGUGUUUCUGAACUGAACAAAAAUAGUGCCAUUUGUCAAACAAACUGCUUUUCUAAAUAAAGUUUAGAAAACAGUA